AUUGAUCUCUCAAACAUGGAACAAGUGCAACUGCUUGGAAUGUGGCUGAGUCCUUACAGUUACAGGGUCAUUUGGGCUCUGAAACUGGAAGGCAUAGCAUAUGAAUACAUAGAAGAAGAUCUCUCCAAUAAGAGUCCUUUGCUUCUCCAAUGUAACCCGGUUCACAAGAAGAUACCCGUGCUAAUUCAUAGUGGAAAACCGAUUUGCGAGUCCUCGGUUAUUCUUGAAUACAUUGAAGAGAUAUGGCCCCAGAAUUCCUUGCUGCCAUGUGAUCCAUAUGAGAGAGCCAUCGCCAGGUUUUGGAUCAAAUUUGCUGAUGAUAAGAGUCCUUCAAUCUCAAAGAUGUCUCGAACCAGCAGCGAAGAGCAGGAGACGGCAGUAAAGGACAUCUUGGAAAUGUUAGAAACCAUUGAAGAACAUGGCCUGAUUGGAGGGAAGAAAUUCUUUGGGGGAGACAAGAUUAGCAUGGUGGACAUGGCAUUUGGUGCAGUUGCUUACUGGCUGGGAGUUAUUGAAGAUGCAGCAGGCCUAAAAAUAUCUGAAGCACACGAGUUCCCUCGUUUGCAGUCAUGGGUCCAAAAUUUCAAGGAAGUUCUCAUAAUUAAAGAAAACCUCCCUGAUCGUGAUAAAAUGUUUCCUUUGUUAAAGCGUCGCAGAGAUGUUGCUGGCGUCUAA